GAGGGGGUGGAGCCCGCGGCGUGAUGGCGUCAGGGGAACGUCCUGGUCAGAGUGAGGCUUGAUACGCGGAAGGCGGGAAGCUGUUCCUGUCAGAGUGUGGGAGAGGGGAAGAGCCGCUGCUGCCGGUGUCUGGGAUGUGGGACCCGUAUAUGCCGGUGGAGGCCAGUCUGGGCCGGGAGGAAAAUUUCCUGUCACUGGAUGAUCUGCUCAUGUCACAGGAGAAGCUGCCAUGCCGGUUAGAGAGCGGCUUCCCCCGCCUGGGCUUCCUGGAGAAGGGGGGAGACAGUGACGGCAUCCCCGAGGGCAGCAAGAUGGAGCUCCCACUGUGGCUGGUGAAGGGCCUGUACGACAACAAGCGGAGGGUCCUUUCUGUGGAACUGCCGAAGAUUUACCGGGAGGGCUGGCGCACAGUGUUUAGCGCCGAUGCCAACGUGGUGGACCUCCACAAGAUGGGGCCGCAUUACUACAGCUUUGGUUGCCAGCUACUCAACUUUGACAGCCCUGAGAAUGCAGAGAUCGCAAAGACUAUACUACAGACCUUCAUUGGACGCUUCCGCCGUAUCAUGGACUCCUCACAGAAUGCCUACAAUGAGGACACUUCUGGGCUGGUGGCGAGGCUGGACGAGCUGGAGCGUGCUUUGUUUCGGGCUGGACAGACGGGGCUGAAUGCCUAUCAGAGCUGGGAAAGAGGGACGGCGGCGCAGAUCACCGCCUCUAACCUGGUGCAGAGUUACAGGAAGAGAAAGUUCUAUGAGACGGACACGUGACCAGAUCAGGCUGUUCUCCUCCCUCUGUGUCUGGAUAAUGACCCGUGACCUGUUCUGGCUGUCUGCAUUCUGCAGUGCUGUAAUGAGGAGUCUUCCGCUAUGCUGCAAGAGGCUCCAGCCAGUGCAUUUAUGUGUAAUGUACAUAAUAAAUCCCGUUUCACUACA